AUAACUCUCUGCUUUGCAAAUCAGAUCAUGGUGAAAAGACUGGAAGGUCGCGUCUGGCCUUGCUUCUGAUACAGUGCUGGUCCAUUUGUAUCUCAGUUCAUGAUUCAUAUCCACCCAGAACAACCACAAGACUGUUUCUCCCGUGCCUACCGUCUUCAUGUCUACCUCUUUGUCCGUUCUCCUCACACUUCCUUUCCUAGCCAUCAUCUCGAUCCCCCUCGUAAUAUCCGCUUGGAUCACGAUCAGCCUCUCGCUGCUAGCGCUCAUCCUCAGACUCCUCAUCAUCUACCUGGAGCUAUGCUUCGCAAUCAUCGCCAAUUUCUUCGUGAUCCCGACAGCAACAAACAUCUCGUUGCUGAAUCUAUCCGCAUCCGAGCCCUCGACGCCCGCCUCUUCGACCCCCAAAAGACUCUCCAUCGACCAUGGCGCAACGAGGCCUCCUCCACCCACCCUGACGGCCCAUCAGCACCAACAUCACCAUCAACCCUAUCAUCAUCACAGCCAUCACCUGGCACACUCCCUGGCACGCGCCCAAAGCACUAAACGUCCCAACCACGCCACCCGGACCAACAGCGCCUCCACCUCCUCCGACGACCAACAAGACAACAACAUCCCGUCCACCCGCCUGUGCAAGGAACCCUCCCAACGCAACGGGCACGUCCCUGCCUCAGCAGCUGCAGCUGCAGCGGGCCUCCUAGGCCUCAUCAGCGGCGACUCCGGCCGGGACUUCGAAGGACUCGGCGGCUGGCGCUCACCACCGCCACCACCACCACCACCCAGCACAUCCAGAUACCACCAUCUCUCCGGCACGCACUCCCUAACAACAACCCCGAACGGCCUCCUCAGAGAUGACAACAACAACAUAAAUAACGACACCGACGGCGAAGACGAGCGAGCCUGGCUCUCCAUCAACCGACGUCUCGAGCUCCCCUCGCAACCCCUGACCCUCCGCAGCAACAGCAGCACUUCCGAGCUCGUGGAACCCUCAUUCUGGCGCCCACGACGCCCUUCGCAGGAGCAGCACCCACCCCCACCAUCGCACCAGGGGGGCGGCCGACAUCGCCACCACCACCGCUCAGCAACCACCUCCUCGCUCCAAGUCUCCAAACUCUCGACCCGCUCCCUAUUCCUGUCCCUGUCCAGUCGACCGGAACCCGGCGUAGCAGCAGCAGCAGCAGCAGCACCGCCCGAGCCGCCCCGCGGUCUCAGAGCUCUUUCUCCGUCCUCGUCAUCAAUUCACCAGCUACCCUCUUUCCCGGAGACAGCACUCUCGGCUGAUAGCCACCCCUCCAGUGCAGUUCUCGAUGUACCAGCCGGUCCGGGUGGUGGUGGUGGCAGCGGCAGCGGCGGCGGCGGCGGCGGCGGCUACUUCGCUGCACGACCCACCGCGGCGAGCAGAGCUAGUCCUAAUAGCAGCGGAACCGUGACCCCCGUCGAAGGAGGGCAGCGGUCCCCCUGGCCACCGGGCAAAUCGAUGGUGCAUUAUUCCACGGGCCUGCGGUAUCGCCGGAGAAGUAUUUCCGGACCCAACUCGGGCGUCCAUUUCCUGCAGCCCUGAAGCUUUGGUCUUGCUUGUCGUGGGAAUUGUUUGGUAUGCUGCGUUGAUAGUGACUACUCGGUCGAAAAGGGUCGUUCUGAUCUUGCGAUCAUGCGUGGUUUUAGGUUGGAUGCUUAGGAAAAUUCUGUGUCAUUAUGUCCUAGUCGAUUAGCCUGCGCACUCUACUAACUUCGUG